AUGAAACCAUCUUUGCCCGCUCCAUCAUCAACCUUGUCUAUCUGGCAUCGUACAACUCGCUCAUUUCCACAUCUUCAUGCAAACCGCCUAACCACCGUCCCAACCUCUGCUAAAUACGUCAUCAUAGGCUCUGGUAUCUCCGGCGCCCUAACAGCCUGGAAACUCAUUGAAAGCGGAGUCAAAGGUGAGGAUAUCUUGAUACUGGAAUCGAGAGAGGCUGUAUCAGGCGCAAGUGGGAGAAACGCAGGCCAUAUCCGACCUAAUGCAUUUGGCUCGUUUCCAGGCUAUGCAGCAACCCAUGGACCCGAACAAGCCGUCAAAGUUCUUGAAAAUGAGAAAUCUGUUCUCGAGAAUAUCCGCAAAUUCGUGGAAGAGCAUGAUGUUGACUGUGACUUCCGAUACACAAACACCUUCGACGUAGCCACUUCCGAAGAGCAAAAGAAGAGCUUGGCUGACGCUUUUGUAUCAUUUAAAGCUGCUGGUGGUGAUACAUCACAUAUCACAGUCUACGAAGGUGAUGAAGCAAAGAUUAAGACGAGAGCCUAUAAUGCCCUCGUUGCCUACGAGUCACCCGCUGCAUCGAACCAUCCUGGUAAACUCGUCCAAUGGAUCCUGAACGACUUUAUCAGCAAGGGUGGAAAACUAUGGACUCACUGUGCCGCGACAAAGGUUGUCUCGUCUGGCUCUAGCUCAAGCUGGGACGUUUACACAGUCCGGGGUACCGUUACAGCAGCGACGGUAGUCCACUGCACGAAUGCCUAUGCAGCAUAUUUACUACCAGACCUAAGCCAAUUCAUAACUCCGCGUCGAUCACAAGUGCACGCAUUUAUCCCACGCCUAUCCCUCUCAGGCGAAUACGCAAUGAAACACACAAUGGCACUUCGGUACGGCAAUGAAAACUUCUUCUCAGUGAACCCUCUCAACAACGGCACUAUUCUCCUCGGUGGAUCAGGAACAAGGACAAGCUCCGAUGGCCAUUCAGCACAAGAGCUGAUUUCCUUCGAUGACUCGUUAUUCAGCGAGCGAAUUGCCAAAAGCAGUACAAGAGAGUUCACAGGACUAUGUGAGGAGUCGGCACAGACUCCACUGCGACAUGGUGAAGGACUUGAUCAUGCUUGGACUGGGAUUAUUGGUACGACAAAGGAUAAACUACCUCUUGUUGGACCUGUUGAAGGGAGAAAGGAUCGUGCUUGUUCUUCCAUUUUCGGUGUGGAGCUAAUCAGGUUUGACUUUUAG